AUGGAGUUCGAAUCCCCCCUUCAAAUCGACCACCUCAAUGCUCGCAUCGAGUCUACCACAUAUCCUAUUAUCCUACGCACCGUCCAAGAAGAAGAUGCCGCCAUCUACGCAGAGCUCCUUUUUGGCAAGCGCAACAACCCCGAAGCUACAAGCGACACUGUCGAUGUAGCCAAGGGUCUUGAGAUUGUUAAAGGACAUCGCACCAAGAUGGCUACACCUACAGUCGUCGGGGCUGACGGCCGCGUUGUCAGCGGCCCGCCCAAAGUCAACAUGGUAGUGGUGCUAAAGGGAGACAAUGGCAAAGACGAAGAGGUCAUUGGUCUCGGAGGCUAUGGCGCAAUCAAAGAUUGGGUGCGCGAUGGAGUCAAUGUCCGUGCUGGAGACGCCGGCGUCAUGCUUGAUGUCGCGUAUCGUGGCAAGGGCUAUGCCGUGGAAGCUAUGAAGCUCGCUAUCGACUGGGCAUUUCUGCCUGUGAGCCAGGGCGGCCCGCAGCUCGACCUUGUCACAAUCACUACGUCUACAACCAAUGCCGCCAUGAUUAAGCUCACAGAGGAGCACCUUGGCCUUAAGGGCAAGGGUGUCACGCGGCCCGGCGAGUUUAGCCCAAGCGAAGAAUACUGGGAAAUGAACAAGGCACAGUGGGAAGAAGCUAAAAGUACAUGA